UGAACAGGCUGCGAAGGGGUACGCACGUAUUAAUAUGCACAACUCUUUGUUCCCGGGAAUCUCUCUCGCUCACGGGCGGGCAGCACAAACACACACACACACUCACACGCCGCGCAAGGAAUAAGCGAAGCACGACAGGGGUGGAGAGGCGUUGACAGCAGUUCUUCAAAGUCGCACCGGGCUACCGAGCGGAUGGACUCUAAGAGCUCGGUGGUGGCCGCGGAUCAAAACGCAGAAGAACACCAGCUGUUCGACCCAGUCAUGACCUCCGGACAACUUGUUUCGAAGGACAAGAAAGUGAACUUGGCCGACGAGGCUCUGUACCGCCACUACCCACCGGUGAACCCCAGCAGCAGCGGCGGUGCCAGCGGGGGCGAAAGCAUCCUCGACGCCGCGAACGCCUACACCUUCGAGACUCUCAACCGCAAGCUCGCCAGCACGUGGUGCUCCCCAUCCCUCCCCUCCUCUUCCGUGGUAGCCUCGUGCUGCCCUCCCCAAGACCCCACGACCAACAACAAGAACGACGCAAUGAAGUGCCUCACCGACAAUUCAGGCAACGCCGCCGGCGGCAACACCACCACCACCACCACCACCCGCUCGCCUACACCGGCUGCGGGGGGGAUACCACCGACGUCUCGGCUCCGCGGCGGCGGCGGUGACGCCGAAUGCGGACCGGGAGCGGCCCCGACCUCGCAGCUGCUCUUCCUCGUUCGCCACGGGGAGACGGACAUGAACAAGGCCGGGAGGCUGCAGGGGCGCGGCGUGAACGCGCCCCUCAACCGCGCCGGCCUGGAUCAAGCGCAGGGCCUGGGGCGGUUUGUCCGAAACGUUCCGUUCGACACGGUCACCUCCAGCUCGCUGCUCCGGGCACACGAGACGGCGAUGCGAAUCGUGGAGAACAACGAGAUGUGCCUGAAACUGGCGCAGGAGAAUGGCCCUUUUCCUCCUGUUCCCCCAGCGACAUCGACGAAGGAGCAAGAGGGAGAGAAGACCACGCCCGCCGACUCCUGCUGCGACGACAAGGCGCAGGUGCGCGUGCAAAGGUUGGAGGGCCUUGAUGAACUUUCUUGGGGCGAGCUCGAGGGGAAGGACUCCAAGCUGGAGCCGUUCAAAGGACGUCUCGCUGCGCUGAAGAAAGCCUGGGACGAAGGCGUGUUUGAUCGAGCCGCCGAGGGCGGGGAGAACUUGGUUGAGGUGCAGACUCGAGCCAGAGCGGCCGUGGAGGCCAUUCUGGACAGGGGGAAGGAGCUGAACCUCGCCGUUAGCCACGGCAGGACGCUGCGGAUCCUGAUGCUAUCCCUCACGGGCCUCGGCAUGGACCAGAUGACCAACAUGGGAAAGAUCCCCAACUGCGGGACGUACAUCCUGGAAGUCCGGCGAUCAGGCCUGGCUGGGGCUCGAUCCUACCGCCUCCUCCCUUCCCGUCCUUCAUGACUGGCUCUGGUCCCUUGUUGACCUUGGCUGCUCUCGCCGUGGCCCCUUUGGGCAUUGUCGACAUUUCAGUGCUAUUUUACCUCGGACUCUGUUUCUAGAAGAGUGAUGUUGUUGUGUUCUUUGUAAAGAAAAUAAACGAAAAAUAUCAGAGCGAGUGCCGCCGGAGUGACGGUGUUUAUGAUUUCUUGACAUGGUUGAUAUUGAUACAUACCUUGAUCAAUUUUUGAGGUUUGGUAUUGGUAUGUUAACACGCACCUGGUUGUUCGCUUUUUUGUUACGACAGGGCGAGCGUUCUCCCUGCGACUUCAGCUGAGUAAAAUAUCUAUUGUACGCGUUAAGAUCAUCACCCCUGUUGUGUAAACGGUCAAUGGUUGUAGAUACAUGGUCUAUGGUCGUGAAGAUUGGUUUUGUGUUUUGUGUUUUCUCUGUGCUCAUGUUUGUGAUCUAUCUCGUUGGACAUGGACGGCGCUAAUCUUUGCGUGGUGUCGGCUACGAGGUUGUCAACCUUCCCACAGCGUUUCUUCGAUCUCCGUAGAUACCUGCUGGGUGUUUGCGUCGACGCGGAGUCGCGCAGGGGUUGCAGACACAGAAGACGUAUGUUAGCCGAGCACCACCAUAUUAGGGCCGUCGGUAGCGCAAAAGAUGAAGACGCAUCAAAGGAGUCGCCUGCUGUUGUACACCAGUUUAAGUCUAACGCACCAGACUAUGUUAGCUUCUGUAAUGGGGUAUUUUGUCUCACAGUAGUAGCGCGGCGGGUAGUUGGGUCUAAGGUGUCUGUGGCGCGUCGCUCUCCGCCGCCGUUUUCGUUCUUCUCACGGAAAAACCGCUUAUCAGGACAGGGCGGAUAGACAGCGUUCGGCGUUCACACAGCACCUUCGUGCGCAGGAGUGCAGGGUGGCCGCGUGCUGUGCCGAUGUGCUCGGUCGUACAAGCACCAUUUUAUAGUGCCGCCAGUAUGAGGAGAUCAUGGUUGCGCAUACGUGGGCAGGUGUGUUGCAGUACAAGAGUGUUCGUCUUUGUGGCUGGCUAAACUUGUAUUUUAGUGUGCAGUGCCGU